GUGAGGAGUAUAUGGUACCAUAUUUGGCUCUUCUGUGUGUGAAACAAAUUGUGUUCAUGUGUUUCGUGACAUUUUUAAUAUUGUCAACCAUACCUUAGUCGCGUUACGUCGAAGGAAGUAAUAAAUUAAAAAAAAGUCUUGGAAAUCGGCGUCAUGUCGCAGUUCUCUUUCUUCAAUGAAAUUAACAGUUGUGUGAGAAUGGAUGAUCCUAUCACAAAGGGUCCUGUACCUAGGUGGCAAAAGAAAACCUUGGACACUAGCAACAGGGGCAAGCCUAACACAUCUAGCAGUUCAACCUCCAAUAAGACACCAACAAGGGUUACAACAGAAAAUGGAAACAAAUCAAAGAAGACUCCCUCAAAAACACCAAAAAAGUCGCCAGGGUCCAAAACACCAGGCGCAAAAACUCCGAGUGGGGGUGACAGGUUUAUACCAGUUCGAAGCCAGUCCUCAUUUGAAAUGGGUCAUUUUAAGAUAAAUCAGGAGCAAGAAAAUGAAGAACUGCUGAGUCCUUCCAAAAGAGAUAAACAACGCAUCAUGUCAGAAAACCUUCAUGGAGCAGAUAUUAACAAGACAAGAGUGCUUUGCUAUCAGAAUAAAGCACCAAAUGCUCCAGAGGGUCAUCAAAACUCCUUAAAGGUUGUCUACAGUCAUUCAAAAACUCCAGGCUCUGUAAAGAGCACAACCCGCUACAUUCCGAUGACACCAGAUCGUAUACUUGAUGCACCUGACAUUAUGGAUGAUUACUAUCUUAAUCUGAUUGACUGGGGUGCACAUAACAUUUUGGCUGUUGCCUUGGGCAGUGGUGUGUACCUGUGGAAUGCUCACACUGGAGAAAUAGAGCAGCUUCUUGUUCUGGAAGGAAGUGAUUAUGUAUGUUCACUUUCAUGGAUUCAGGAAGGGGAGGUUUUGGCAGUAGCAACAAGUAAAGGAAUAACAGGACUUUGGGACUGUUCAGCUAUGAGACGUCUUCGUCUACUUGAUGGCCAUUCUGCUAGAGUUGGAGCUUUAUCCUGGAACUCGUACAUCCUUUCUUCAGGAUCCCGCAGUGGCCACAUAAUUCAUCAUGAUGUCCGUGUGAAAGAACAUAUUGUGGCCACAUUAGCAGGACAUACCCAAGAGGUUUGUGGUUUGAAAUGGUCGCCAGAUGGAAGGUAUCUUGCUAGUGGUGGUAAUGAUAAUCUACUGAAUAUAUGGCCUGCUACACCAGGUGGAGCACAUACUCAGACUACACCACUUUACACGUUGAGUCAACAUCAAGCAGCAGUCAAGGCACUUGCGUGGUGCCCAUGGCAGCCAAGUAUCCUUGCGAGUGGUGGUGGCACUGCAGAUCGGUGCAUAAGAUUCUGGAACUGCAGCAAUGGGAACUGCUUAAAAACAGUAGACACAAAAUCUCAAGUCUGUGCAUUGCUAUGGUCAACAAAUUACAGGGAAUUUAUAUCUGGUCAUGGAUAUGCUAACAACCAAUUAGUCAUAUGGAAAUACCCAUCGAUGAACAAGAUUGCAGAGCUCACUGGACAUACUGCAAGAGUUUUGCAUCUUGCCUUGUCUCCUGAUGGCAGUACUGUUCUGUCAGCUGGAGCAGAUGAAACAUUAAGGUUGUGGAAGUGCUUCACUCCAGACCCUGCAAAGAAAACUGAACCAGUGGAAACAAAAAGUGUUCCUAAUAUGAUGCGUGGAAUUCGUUAAUUGUUGUGUCAUUGGCAUAUUACUAAAUCAAAAGACUGAUGUCGUAGUGAUUUGUGUAAUGUGAAGGUAUCCUGUACGAUCUGUAUCUAAAAACCUAAUAGGAGCAAAUAUUCUUACAUACUAAGUACACAGUGAGAAAUGAAACAAUGCGUUCUAGGAAAGUAUUUCUUCCCUUUGCUGAUCCUUUCUCCAGAACUGUCUGUGUUUACUGCCACAGAAAAACACGACUGACUAUAUUGAUUUUACAAUAAUAUAAAACAAAUGUAUAUAAUUAGUGAUUAGAUGUCUUUAUAACAAUAUUUAUCCCACUAAGGGUUGUAUACUAGUUUAUCACAUGUAAAAAUUUCUGCAUGUUUAUGCUGUGAAUAUUAUUAGA